UUAGGACAUCAAAAGUAAUUUGUACUACUGCUACUUUUUUAUUUUGACUACCAAUGUUUUGUUCGUGAAUUCUUCAUAAUUGACCAUGAGUGAAGGUGGACCUUUACACAGAAGCAGGAGUUGUAGGUAACGCUUAAAGUUUGAAAAUGUGCGAUCCAUGUCGAUGUCUAAGGAGGUGCAUGAGCUGCCAUGGCGUAUGCUGUCCUCGGCCAAGUUGCUGUCUACGACCAAGUUGCGGUCCUCGACCAAGUUGCGGUCCUCGACCAAGUUGCUGCGAGCGAUCAUGUUCCCUAAAUAUGAGGAAUUGCCGCGUCGUCUUUCCUGGGGAGUUCCAAAAGUUCUCGGACAUGGUGCCACCCAGCUUUCUUCAAAAACCACCCAAGAGCCCAAAGAAAAGGAAACGUUCGAAAAGUUGCUCAGCCUGUGAGGACAAAUGUAAGGAUGCGUGCUCAAAGGAUGCAUGUGUGGAGAGUUGCAUGGAGAGUUGCAUGGAGAGAUGUUUGGAGACAUGUGAGGAAGGGAAUGAAAAUACAAAGCGGAAUCCCGAAGAUUGCGAAGCAGAGGAUGUAGCUAGGACUGCAGCCUACGGAGCAGGAUUGCAAAAUUUUGCAGGAACAGGCUUUGGUUUUCAGCCGGGACAACCUACUAUUAUUCCGUGUUAUGGAACCUACGGACCCACUGGCAAUGCAAUGAUUUUUGGCAUUCCGCCACCGACUCAAUAUGGAAACUUUGGUGUCCCAGGUCCCAUGGUCUUACCACUGGCUAAACCUACCUCAGUGGGACAGGGAGAUCCAAGAUGUAUUCCAGCGGCGGGUCUACCCACACAGUACACAAAUAAGUUUAAUCCCUGCACCGGUGAAGUUUACCAAUGCGGAGAUCAGCAAAUGCCAGCUGGAAGACCACAAGGAAUGGGACCAGUUCCUGCCUAUGAUCAGUUCUUCCAUAGUACAGGCAUGGAUUUUGCGACGAAUAAUCAAUAUAAUCCGCUUAAUGUGACCCAAGGAACAUUCCAACCACAUCCAAUAAAUCAAAGGUCAGUCACUCACAGUAAUCCCACAGCUGGAAACGCACCAGCUAAUAUCAGGAAAAAUCCAGACACAAACUGUGAACCCAACAAUCGGAAUUACACCAAUAAUGUUCCCCAAUCAACGGAUCAAGUGCGUUCAGGUGUUUCCAGAUCGGAAAUUAGAAGCCAGCAGAGGCAAGUCACACCUUCAAGGCAAGUUCCCCAAUUGCAGCCAUCAAGGGGACAACUGCCUCAAGGUGCCGCCAGAUCAAAGUCUCUUAACCAACAAAGCCCAUCCAGGGCAGAUCAUUCAGGCAGAGCUCCUAAUCAAGCCAAUAACACUGGAGCGAGCCAUAUGAUUAAUCCAAGUGCUCAGAGGUCCAAGUCGCUCAAUCACCGCAACGACUCCAGAGAAGGUCGUUCCGGUAAAUCACAAACCAGUAGAGCCCCAUCUUCGCAUCAUUCGAAUAAUGCUGGAGCAAGAAAUUUAAAUCCUCGGACCAUGCCCAAGUCAAUGGCAUCCGCGGCUGAAGUUCGUGCACGUAAUAACAGAUCGCACGAUUCAAGAAAUCGCAAUAAAUCUGUGGGAGCUCCUUCCAAUAGUCCUGUAGGUGCUCCUUCCAAUAGACAACCAGUACCUUAUGGCCAGCAAAAUGUGGGCAUGGGCAUCGACCCCUCCAAUCAGUAUUAUCCCUACAAUGAUUGUGCUCCACUUAAUGCCACAUUUGUGCAAGACGGUAAUCCUUUUUAUAGUCAGUCAGGUCAAGAGAUGAAUAGACCGCAAUACGCAAGAACAGCAAACUUAUCGAAUGAAGGACCCAAAAAGGAUAAGAAUGCGAACAAAGUUCCAUCGAGUUUAAAACCAGCGAAUGAAAAAGCCAUUAAGUGCUACUGCACUCGGUUUGAUCCCAACAAUCAAUAUUAUCCUUACUACGUUUCCGAGGAAUCCGAUUGUCCGCCGGGUGAAAACGCGAGCUCUGGAAAAAAGAGGACGCAGGAGAAGAAUUGCUCGGAGCUUCUCAGCCGCAUCACCGAGUCCUGCCCUCCGUGUGACCUGCAGAAGUGGUGUCACCUCCUGAUGCCGAAGGACAAGGCCAAAAAGCAAACGAAACCGGCUGCCAAGAAGAGCAAGAAAUCGAAUGGCUCAAGGGCCAAGAACAAGAUGAGCGAGCACAGCGCCAAGGAAAUAGAAGAUACUGAAACAUCAGCACCGGAAUCUCCAGGAGACGAGGAUGCCCACUGCCCGUGUGACUGCAAGAAACCAUGUGCGUCGCCUCCGACCAAACCAGAAAUGCGCAACUGCAGCUGCUCCGCCAAUUUGCCUGAGGAAAACGUACCCUCUCCACCAGCAGCUUCCAAUCCUGCUCCUGCUCCAGUAAAUACCGGCUGCAUGCCCUGCUCGAACCAAUGCCCUUGGUCCUGGUACUAUAAUCCCUGCACCGGCUGUUACUACUACUGCGCGAAUUGCUGCAAUGGCUGUCGUAAUUGCUGCAAUUACUGCUGUAGUCCGUGUGGUCGCUGUUGCAGCAACUCCCCUGCUGCUCAGCUGGAGAAGAUUCCUCCAAAGCCGAAGCAAAAGGAAAAGUCGCCAACCAUCUCCUCUAGCUUGCGAAAUUCCGGCGGCGCGGCUGUGACUCCAGGUAGCUGUGGCCCGCCUCCUUCCUUUGCACCCUGGAACUGUCCAAGGCAAGUGGUCUCAACCAUGCCGGGAUAUUGUCCGACUGCCUCGCCCCACUUCAGCUCCCCAUACAGUGGGCGGUGGGAGGCUGGCGGCGUGGACAUUCAACGGAAUAACCAAGGUCCUUUCCACAACAGUUGCGUGCGCCAUGUCUAAAUUAUGCGUUGAAUAUAUUUUACACUUUCCCACAAGCCUAUCUCUAAAUAAAGAUUUUUAAAAUGUGAA